CGGUGACUCACUGUUUAUAUAUUCUCGUGAAUUCAGAGCUGGCCGAUAGUUUGAAAUGUUUUAUCCAACAAAUCCACGAUCAUAAUCGUCUAGAAAUGUCGAGUCUUCCUAAUUUGCGCAAUUCUUUACCUCGUAAAGGAAAGCACUGGUCUUAUAAUGUCCAUGAAUGCAUUCUUCUCAGGGGACCUAAGACUGGAAAUUUCAACCUUCAUAUUGUAGGAGGUGCAGAGAAUGGCGAAUUUAUCUGUAUCGGGGACGUUAAACAAGAUAGAUUACGGUACAGACGAGGAAAAAUUCAACCAGGAGACGUUGUUUUGGAAAUCAAUGGGACUCCUGUGGCUGGUUAUACUCAAUUCGAUGUUUUACCUUUGAUCAAAAGUUCGAAGGAGGCAGCAACUCUUCGCAUCGUAAAGCCAGGAGAACAAAUUUCAAGAGACUUGCAGAAAUAUCUUUCAACCAGAUUUGACAAAGCUUCAGUUGAUAAUGACUUGCAGCAAACCAUCAGAGAGAAUCUGUACAAUAGGACAGUACCAUGUACAACACGUUCCCCAAGGAAUGGUGAAAUACCUGGAGUUGAUUAUGUCUUCCUCUCCUUGGAUGAGUUUGAAAGGUUAGAGCAAAGUGGCAGCCUUCUAGAGAGUGGCAUUUAUGAAGGGAACCAUUAUGGCACACCCAAACCACCAAGGGAACCUCUGCCAGCAGAUAACAUGAUCUUUGUACCAGCCAAGGAGAAGACGAUGGAAAAGAGAGGAAGACCAAGAGCAGCAGAUAAUCUGGGACCACUGCCGCCUAAUUGGCAGGUUGCAUACACUGAGGAUAAUGUCAAGUAUUUUAUAGAUCAUAGGACAGGGACCACUCAGUGGGUUGACCCAAGAAUGGCACAGGUGAAGAAGGCCACUGUUGAUGAGUGUGAUGAGGAUGAGCUACCUUACGGUUGGGAAAGAGUAGAUGAUCCCAAAUAUGGAACAUACUUUAUAGAUCAUGUAAACAGAAAGACUCAGUUUGAAAAUCCAGUUCAUGCUCGCAGACGACAGAGUCAGUCCAGUAGUGUGUCGUACACCCCUGCACCUCCCCCGCACGAGGGUCCACCUUCCUUCCAGUCUGCGGCAGCUUUGGCCAAAGCGCAAGAAGCUGAGGCACAGUCGAGAUGGCCGGAGGUUGAGUUUUCUCAGCCCCCUCCACCAGCAUACACUGUGGAUGGCUCCAACCAUCAGCCAGUGGACGCCAGACAGCUUCAGGGUCAGGUCAUAGUGACAGAAUUGAUCAAAGGACUACGCGGCUUUGGCUUCACCAUCGUGGGCGGGGACCAGGUUGGGGAACUCCUACAGGUCAAGAGCAUUGUCCCGGACGGUGCUGCGGCUAAGGAUGGAUUGCUACGUACGGGCGAUGCUCUGAGAAGUGUCAACGGUAUGUCUGUGUUGACCAGAAGUCAUCAAGAUGUUGUGAGCAUGUUUCAAGCCAUGCCCAUUGGGGAGAGUGUGGAGUUGGAGGUUGUACGUGGCUAUCCCUUGCCCUUUGACCCGGAUGACCCUAAUGUGGAGACAAUAGGUUCAUAUACAGUGGUACACGGGACCUCCAAUGGGUCAGAGUCACCUUUGCCGCGGUCAUCUGAGGAGAAUAGUCCGACAUAUCCCCCGCAUCCGCAUGGCCAGGCGUUCAACAAAUGGAGUACUUCACAAGAGUCUCCCUUUGCCCCAGGGGGAUACCAUGGGUCGAGCUACCCCCGGACAUCCACGAGCAACACCCUUCCACGAGGCACCCCAGAGCUCAUCACUGUCCCAGUGGUAAAGGGCCCCAUGGGGUUUGGUUUCACCAUCGCAGACAGCCCCUAUGGCCAGAAGGUGAAGCAAAUUUUGGAUGCGCCCAGAUGUGUUGGGCUUCAAGAAGGCGACAUCUUGGUGGAGAUUAACGGGCGAUUGAUCCGUAAUUGUACUCAUAAUCAAGCGGUUAAUAUUCUGAAGGAGUGUCCUAAAGGACAAGAGGCAUUUAUCGUAGUUCAAAGAGGAGGGAUUCCAACACCACUUCGAAACAGCCCUUCAUUUGGGAGAAGAGAGAAGGAGCAGGAAGUUAUCGCAACAAGAGUUGCUCGUCCAAAAUCCACCCCUGUAAUGGGCGCCAAUCAUGUCGGCCAGUCUCUAAUGGAACAUGGAAGCGCUGGUAACCUAGCAACUGCCGGGGAGAGCACCAGGAAUCAGGAGACUGGGUACGAUAACAGAAUGUCUGGACAGCCCUCUUUGGACAAACGUUCUGAGGCACUGUUCAAUUCAUAUCCAUCGCUAAAGAAGGCUGUCGCUAAUGCUGCCAGGAGGUCAAUGGAAAACUUGGCCGCUCCAGAAGUACUGCCUCCCCCGGCAAGUCCUGACUCAUACAGUUUCUCAGUGCACCUUCAAAGGGGGGAGAUGGGGUUUGGUUUUCGUAUCAUUGGGGGUCAGGAGGAAGGCACACAGGUGGCGAUAGGUACGAUCGUCCGGGGGGGACCUGCCGACCUGGACGGUCGCCUUCAGCGGGGGGAUGAGAUUCACUUUGUUGACGGUAUAAACGUAAUUGGUGCUGCGCAUCGCCGUGUGAUCUCACUUAUGGGCAACGCUGCGCUGGCUGGAGAGGUCGCACUUGGUAUCCAUCGAAACCCGAACAAAUCAGGACGGACUACUCCCACGGGCACCAUGCGGCGUUCCCGUUCAGCAUCAACGGAACUCUCCGAAGCCGCUCUCGGAGGGAUUAAGGCAAGAGAGGGGUCAAAGUCAACCGGGAAUCUUAACCAUUACGGGAGGAACCACUACCACGACCCGGAUGAGACUUCUUCCUUGCGGAGCUAUCAUUCUACCCCUGGGGAUGGUUUGAGUUCCGGUGGGUUGCCCCCUCAAAGGAACAGACGUGUAAGCGAGAGUGACGCAAAUGCUGAGCCCCAGGGCCCCACGUAUUACCGUGACGUCAUGCUGGAACGAGAAGACAACGAGAGCUUUGGCUUCGUGAUAUUCUCGUCUGUUAAUAAGAGCGGAUCAACCAUAGGUCGUAUUAUCCAAGGUAGUCCCGCCGAUCGCUGUCGUCAGCUGCACGUGGGUGAUCGUCUGGUAGCAGUCAAUGACGUCAGUAUUAUCGGUCAGCAUCACAGUGAUAUUGUGGAAACCAUCAAACAAUCUGGAAGAACUGUCACUCUACGGAUUGCCCAGCAACAGCCAUUAGAUAACACCAACUCUAGAAGAUUAUCGCGAAUGAGUGCCCCGAAUAUCGCCAAAGCAAGCAAUGCGUAUGACAGCAACAAUGACUAUGGAAGAGACGCUGACCAGUGGAACAGGGAUAACGCAUACUCAGACCAGGUCGACAGUCGCUUCCAAAGCCUUCCCAGGACACAGAACCACAAUUCACAACCACCCCCAAAAGUCCCUCCCCGGGUGGCUCCUAAACCUUCACGAGAGAAGGUGCUUAGGGUGAAAGAAGAGCAACGGCGUCAGGAGAACAAUGUUCAUAACGGGAGAAACGAUCCGAGGAGGAGAUCAAAUCCGGAGAUUCAGUUCAAGCAACCACAGUUCUCUCAGAGUUACACCGGAGGGGUCAACGAUAAGCGUGGCUAUGGCCAACAGACCAUGGAGGUGGAACUGAUGCGAGAUUCCCAAGGGUAUGGGUUUAGUAUCCGAGGGGGAAGAGAGCUGGACUUACCGAUAUUCGUUCUGCGCAUGGCUGAGGGUGGAGCUGCUCAAAGAGAUGGCAGGCUUAGGGUUGGAGACGAGAUUUUAGAAAUCAAUGGAAGGAGCACGGAGAACAUCCCCCACGCUGAUGCCAUAAGUUUGAUCAAAAGCGGUGGUAACAGAGUCCACCUGUUGAUUAGCACAAGCAACAAACCGGUUUAUAUGGAUGGUAUCCUUAAUGGCGGACACACCAUUUCUAAGAGUGGUAGCCUUCCUCGAUCUUCAUGGAAGAGUCAAACAUACCACGGCAUGUACCAAUCAUAAAAAGUCGCACGAGGUUUCUCCUAUGGUAACUUUUUCUUAGUAAAAAAACUUACAUGAAGUUGUUGUAAAAGUCGAAACUAUUUUCUGAAACCACGAAAUUUCUAAAUUGUUGUCAAUUGAAUCUUUUUAGAUGUUUUAAAAUAUUUAGAAUUUUAUAAGAUGAGUGUGAAUUUUAGCCUGUAAGUUAAUGAUUUCACCUCUGGCAUUCACCCUGUGUAUUUAUUCAAACGUUUGUGUACAUACAUGUAACAUUUCCUUUCGCCGAGUUUAGCAUGCUCACUCGUCAAAAACGAAUUUCAUUUGUAGUUUUCUGUCUCAAUUUUCAACCUGUGGGCCUUUUCACUCUCUUAAGUGACUAGGAAGUAAUUUCUCCUUACAACAUCCAUAUAUUAACGACUCGGAAGGUGACAAGAAUAAAGAAAAAUAUCAACCAGAGGAUAUCCGUUAAAGCGGGAAACUCUCAAAACUAACAUUAAAUGAAUUGUGAACCAGUCAGGAGAAUUUUUGAUCAGAUCUUGAAAGUGCAAGGGUUUAUCAAAUACUUAACAACUGAAAGACAAAUUUGUGUUGCGGCAUCUUUUGUGCUCGCAGCUUGCUUGACGAUCUUCCUUAUGAACAUGAAAGUUGCAAGCGAUAAUCUUAAGGGGUGCAAACUCUGUGUCCACGUUCACACUAUCUAAAUAGUUAUAUAAAUUGAAAUGUUGUGAUAUGUAUGAUUUUACAGCUCACCUAGUCUGUAGAUUUUACAGCUCACCUUAAUUUUACAGCUCACCUAGAUUUUAGAGCUCACCUUACCAUUACAUGCUGCCAUCACUGAUUGAAACGAGCACACAGUUUUCCAGCCCAAUUUCGUUACCAGUACUCGAUGUUCCAAACGAACUUCACCACUGUUGUCUUGACGUCAUAAAUGUAAUAAACUUUUAUGUGAAUUCUUAAAACAAACAGACGGAGUGUAAUUUGUAAACUUUGAAGUCCACACUCAAAAAAAAAAGGGAAGAGAAUAAUUACUCAUUUUGUCGAGCCUGUGAUUUUUCUAUGUUAAGAAGCGACAUCUAGGCUUGCCGCUGACUUCGGUAGAGGCGUCGUCCAAAAGUUUCAUUGCUCAUUUAAAUUCUUAGUUCUAUGUCCUGCAACUGUCAUUGCAAUUUCUAGAUUAAAAGUUUUGCGUCUUUUAGAAGCGCUGCACCACGUUUUCACCAAGUUCCUUUUCGAAGCAAUUUUUUCUAGCAUUUAAACGAUAUCAGAUGGCUUGCUUUAAAGACAACAUUAAGAUUUUAUUCAAGCUUAUAAUAAGGUAAAACAAGUUUAGCUCGAUUCGGACGCUAC